AUGUUUGCUGCCAGUGCCGGCACCGCCGAAACCAGUGCUGCCGGCAGUGAUGCCGUCGUUCUUUAUGCCGGUGCCGCCAUAGCCAUUGGGAUUGAUGCCGGCGCCACCGUAGCUGUUGGCGACGCUGAUGCCAGUGUUUUCGGUGCCGAUGCCGCCGGUACCGCCGUUAAUGCCGUUGCCACCGUGGCUUUCGCCGACGAUAAUACCGCUGUUAUCAGCGCCGACGCCACCAUUUUGGCCGCUUCCACUAAAGGUGUCGCCGACGUUGAUGCCGCUGUUCUUGAGAGUGGGGUUAUUGUUACCUGCGCCCUGGUGGCCGUCGCCGACGUUGAUGCCUUUGUCUGUGUUCUGGAUGCCUUCGCCGUUGCCGACGUCGAUGCCUUUGCUGGUGGUGUCGACGUCGUUGCCGUUGACGCUGAGAGGAACAGGAAUUGCGUUGGAUGA